AUGGAAAAACAAAAUGAAAAUUUAUUUUGGUCAGUUUUUAGAAAUAAAUUUUUAAAUAGAUUAAUUUUUAAAAGUUCAGAAUUUAAAUUUGGAGUUUAUACAUACUAUGAAAUGAAUAAUGUUGGUUGGAUGAUAAAUCAUAAACAUUUUUCAUUACUAAAAGAAAAGAUUAUCAGAAAUGAUAGAAAUCUAAAUUUUUUUAAUCACAACAAUGAUUUGUGUAGUAAAUAUCCAAUAUUUAAAUAUUUCAAACAAGACACAGAAUUAUUUUCAAAAUUACUCGAAAAUUUCAAAGAUGAAAAAUCACUUUCCCAAUUGACUUUUUCAAAUUUUGAACUUUUAGCACUCAAAAAUGAUAAUGUAGCCAUGUUAUCAGUUAUAAUUAACCAAUUCAAACAUUAUUCGGAAUUAGAAACAUUCUAUAAAGUUAUUAAUAUUGGAUCUAUAGAAAUUGCAACUUAUUUAUUUAAUAAUUAUUUUCAAGAUAUUCUAUUAAAAGAACAACCAGAAUCAAUCAAUACAUUAUGGAAUGAAGCAAUUGGAUAUCAACCAAAUAUAAAAUCAAAAUAUAAUAAAGAGUUUAUUUUUACAAAUAGUGAAGAAGUUUAUAAUAAAAAAGUUGAAUUUUAUAUAACAAAUAUUUCAAAGGUGAUACCACCAUUUUCAUUGAAUUCAUAUACCAACUCACCUACUCCAAUAGAAAUCAAUCAGUAUGGGAAUCCAACACUAUUUGGUAUAUCAAUUUAUGAACUUAGUUUAAAAAGAAUAAUUAAAUGUUGUAAAACAAUAUCAUUUUUAUUAUCAGCAAAUGAACAACCAGAAUUUCAAUAUUCAAAAAAUGAUAUCAUUGAAAUGGAACAAUUAAAACAAUAUGAAAUUCCAGAUUUAAUAUUUACAAAUAGUGAACUAAAUUCAAAAAUGCAAUCAUUUAGUUUUAAAAAUACAAUAGUUCAAAGAUUGUAUGAAAUGGUAUUAUUAUUUUCAGAUUCUCCAGGUCUCUAUAAACCAUCAAUUGCAAAUAUUGCAUUUUAUCAAAUGAAAUACCAUGAAGUGUUCAAUAAUAAAGAUUAUAACAGAAUAUUCAACCCUCAAAGUUUUGGUUAUUUUAUUGGUGUAUGUAGUAAUACACCUGGUCUAUUUUUAUUAAAUAAUAUAUUUGAAUAUUGUAGAAAUGAUAGAGAUGAAAGAAUUAUUCCCUACUUUAAAGAUGUAAUUAAAGAAAUAGUAGGUUCACCAAUAGAUAAAUCAUUAAAACCAACUAAUAAUUUAUUGACAAUUAAAAGUAUAUUAAUAAGAUAUGCAAUCAUUUUAAAUGAUAUAGAAAUCAUUAAAAUGUUAUACGACAAGUUAUCAAUUAGUUCAUUAGAUUGUAUUACUUUAGUUAGAGGUAUAGGUUCUGGAAUUGAAAAUAUUAAUUUUGAUGUUAAAAUAUUCGAUUUCUUUUUUUAUAAAUUAACAGAGAGAGAGAGAUUAAAUAUAAUCAAUAUCAUUAUCCAAAAUUAUCAACUAAUAAACUAUUUCAAGAAUAAUUAUCCAAUCGAUUAUAAAAAGUCUGUUUUAAAUUACAAAUUCCCAUCAAAAAAUAAUAAUUAUUUACCAAGAUUUUUGUGUGAGAAUUAUAAAGAUUUUGUAAAUAAAGAGAAUGAAAUUAAAUCAAGAUUUCAAGAUUUUAUUUUUAGAAGGGUAUUUUUUGGUUACAAAUUACCAAUCGUUUUUACUUUCCCAAAUAAUGAAGGUAUUGAAGUUGAACUUAAAAUCUGUCCAUAUAGACUUUAUAACUAUAAGAUGGUGUCAUCAGUUGCCCCUCAAUUAAAUUGGAUCCUACAAUAUAGAAGUCAAGAUAUUAAAGAUGGAACAUUACAAAUCACAUAUGAUAAAAUAUUAAUAACUCAAUAUCUUAGAAAUAAUAUUGAAGAAACCAUUUUAAAUGAUAAUAAUAAUUCAUAUUAUCAACAAGAAAGUGUGACUCCUUCAAUAUUAAACCAUUUAUUAGAAGAAAUCGCCAAAAGAGGUGAUAUUAAAACAAUUGAAUUCUUAAUUGAUCAAUUUAAAAAUAAUAAACCAUUUUUAGAUCAUACAAUAAAUCAUUCAAAAUCUUUUUCAUUGACAAACAACCAAAUUGAAAUUUAUAAUUAUUUGGAUAACAAAAAUUUAUUAAAUAAAUUCAUUUAUUAA